AUGUCAGGCGAAGACGAGCAGCAGGAACAGACGAUCGCCAAGGACCUGGUGGUGACCAAGUACAAGACGGGGGGCGACAUCGCCAACCGAGUCCUGAGGGUGGUGGUAGAGGCAUCAACCUCAGGUGCAUCGGUGCUGGGUCUGUGUGAGAAGGGUGAUGCCAUGAUCAUGGAGGAGACAGGAAAGAUCUUCAAGAAGGAAAAGGAUAUGAAGAAAGGUAUUGCCUUCCCUACAAGCAUCUCGGUAAAUAACUGUGUCUGUCACUUCUCCCCCUUGAAGAGCGACCAGGACUACAUCCUCAAGGAGGGUGACUUAGUAAAAAUUGACCUAGGAGUCCAUGUGGAUGGCUUCAUUGCAAAUGUGGCCCACAGUUUCGUGGUUGAUGCAUCUAAGGGCACCCCGGUGACUGGGAGAAAAGCAGAUGUGAUUAAGGCAGCUCACCUGUGUGCAGAGGCAGCCCUGCGCCUGGUCAAGCCUGGAAACCAGAACACACAAGUUACGGAUGCCUGGAACAAAGUUGCCCAUUCAUUUAACUGCACACCAAUAGAAGGUAUGUUGUCCCACCAAUUGAAGCAACAUGUCAUUGAUGGAGAAAAAACCAUCAUUCAAAACCCCACAGACCAGCAGAAGAAGGACCAAGAAAAGGCUGAGUUUGAAGUCCAUGAAGUCUAUGCUGUGGAUGUUCUUGUGAGCUCAGGAGAGGGCAAGGCCAAGGAUGCAGGACAGAGAACUACCAUCUAUAAGCGGGAUCCUUCAAAACAGUACGGUCUAAAAAUGAAAACUUCCCGUGCCUUUUUUAGCGAGGUGGAGAGGCGAUUCGAUGCCAUGCCAUUCACUCUCAGGGCAUUUGAGGAUGAAAAGAAAGCCCGGAUGGGUGUGGUGGAAUGUGCUAAACAUGAGCUUCUCCAGCCAUUCAAUGUUCUGUAUGAGAAGGAAGGUGAGUUUGUUGCGCAGUUCAAAUUCACAGUACUCCUCAUGCCCAAUGGUCCCAUGCGGAUAACUAGUGGUCCCUUUGAGCCUGAGCUGUACAAGUCUGAGCUAGAGGUCCAGGAUGCAGAGCUAAAGGCACUCCUUCAGAGUUCAGCCAGUCGGAAGACCCAGAAAAAGAAAAAAAAGAAGGCCUCCAAGACUGCAGAGAAUGCCACCACUGGGGAAACGGCGGAAGAGAAUGAAGCUGAGGACUGAGAUGGUUUCCAUCUCUCUAGCCUAGCACUCCUCCCUAUUUCCCCUCCUACUACACCCUGGGCUCCACAAAGAGCGGUUCAUCUUUUCCAUCCAGGACCGCUGGCAGAGCAGGAACCUCUCCCCUCAUCCCAGUCCCUAUAACCAACCCUCCUUCCAAUGACUACCAGCUCUGAC